AUGGCUGCGUUAAGUAACCACGAGGGUGAUCCAGGUUGGGAGGGUGUGACGGUGGAGGUCCCUUCCGAUGACGUGGCCAUGCCAGACUGGCACGAUGACGCCAUAGACCUGACGUGGCAGAACAGCCAGCCAGUCUCGCCGCAAGGAGCUCUAUCCCAGGACUUCUCACAGCUAAUCUCCCAAGACAUUAAGCCGGAUAUCCAGCCAUUCGCCACCUACCCACCUGCGAUGCCUCCUCCCGUGCCUGUACCCGAGCCUGCUGCCGAACCUGGAGCUGGAAGAGGACAGGAGACGAGGAGGUUUGAUGCAGCUGCGGCAGGUGGUGAGGAGGAAGUGAGUGGUCCGGGAGGGGCGGAAGAAGGGGUUGAGAGGGGUGGGAUGGCAGCAGCAGGCGUAGGAGCCAAUGCCGGUGCUGGUGCGGAGGGUGGGCUGCAUGGGCGUGCACAGGGACCGGAAGGCAUGGAUGUGCUGCAGCAGGUGUGUACCACGUGUGAUGUGCAGGGAUGGGCUGAGAGCUGUGGAGGGGGAUGGGCUGGGGAGUUCCUUCGUGCCGCUCAAGGGCCUGGUGCUGACGUGGCUGGAGUACCCGUUGCUGACGUGGCCCGCGAGCCUGCUUCUGACAUGGCGCAAGUGGAGGAGGUCCCUGCAGAGGAGGCUCGCUGGCUGGCCACUGAUAGCUAUGGGUCGUUCGGGUGA